AAAUAUUCGGUUUAGACAAGGUUAUGCUUUUGAUAAGUUCGAUUAACCGAAAACGGAAUCGAAAUAUUGAAAACCGAAACCGAAAGCCGAUAGCUCACCCCGGCGGGCACGCAUCAAAAGUGGUAUAGCGUGUCAAGAAAAAGAGAAGAGACUGACUGUUGAAAAUCUAGUCCAACCUCAAACAGUGUUAGAAUCGCUUUACAAGAUAACGGUGGAGAGGUCAGUCUCCUAAAGACAAAAUAAAAAGAAGUGAACAAGAAGCGAGAAUUCAGUUCAGAAGAAAUCCGAAAGACGGAGAGAGUACCUCUUGUUACAGACCGUCUCUCUCUCUGGUGCCUAAAGGCAAAGCUGGUGGCAAAUUCUGAUAAACUUUUCACAAGAUAUCAUGGAUCUUCAGUUGCCAAUGGAAAAGGUAUCUUUUGGCCUAAAUUCCACUGAGGAAAAUAACAAGAUAAAUGUUGCUCUUGUGGCAACUGGCAGUUUCAAUCCUCCAACUUUUAUGCACCUGCGAAUGUUUGAGCUAGCAAGAGAUGCAUUACAGUCAGAGGGAUUCCAUGUCAUUGCAGCAUACAUGUCGCCUGUUAGUGAUGCAUACAAGAAAGCAGGCCUCAUAUCUGGGGAUCAUAGGUUGCAGAUGUGUCGCUUGGCCUGUGAAACUUCAGAUUUCAUAAUGGUUGAUCCAUGGGAGGUAAACCAAAGCACUUACCAACGUACUUUGACUAUUUUACAAAGAGUAGAGGGUUCAUUUACUAAUGGCACGAAGAUGUCCAGGGAAUCAAUUAGGGUCAUGCUUGUUUGUGGUUCUGAUUUACUCCAGUCAUUUAGCAUUCCUGGGUUUUGGAUUCGUGAUCAGGUGAGAACCAUAUGCAGUGACUAUGGUGUGGUCUGCAUAUGUAGAGAAGGGCAAGAUGUUAAUAAGAUUAUAUCUGAUGAUGAAAUUUUGAAUGAAAACAAGGGUAAUAUCAGAGUUACAAAUGAUCUUGUUCCAAACCAGAUCAGUUCAACAAGAGUAAGGGAAUGCAUUUCAAGAGGGUUGUCCAUAAAGUACUUAACUGCAGAUGGAGUGAUUGAUUACAUUAGAGACACAGGUUUGUACCGGAACCAAGAGGACAAAAAAGAUGAUUUCUAAUCAUAUCACAGCUUUGUUCAUUAACUAUAUGUAAGUCCAUAUUUUGAGCAGUCAUAAUUACUUGAUAGACGAAGCACCGAAACAGGAAAAUACAUCUGCAAGUUUGGUUUGUUCUGAUUUAUCACAGUCUAGAUUAAUCUUUUCUUUUGAAUC